AAACGGAAUCCUAAAUUAUUAUGCAUUGAUUGUAUAUAUAUUUGACAUUAUUAAUCUCUAGAUUUUCGUGAAUUAUUGUCGGUUAAAAAAAAGAAACAAAAUAUCAGAAAGAAAAGUGUUAUAAUAAUAACAAACGAGAGAAAACAAUAUAUGAAGGAACAAUCCACAAAAGCUUAAAAAGAAAUCUCUUCGAUAGUAUCGAUAGUAUCGAUAGUAAUCGUGUUUAUAACCUUAGUUUGUAUUUUUGUUUUUUAAAUUUGUUAAAGGGAAGAAAAAAAAAGAAAAGAAAGAAAAAAGAGAGAGAAAGAGAGAAAGAAAGAAAGAGAGAGAGCUUGCGCGCGUGGUGCUUGCGCGGCCUCCAUUAUCUAUCUAUCUCUCUUUCUCUCCCUAUCACCUCGGUCCCUCUUUCUCUCUCUCCCACUUACUCUAAAGCGAGAAGAGAGAACCGGCGAAGCCGCGAAUCAUCGCAAAGUCCGCGCGACUCUUCUCCUACGCGGAUCGCCGCCAAGUCGUCGUUCUCGUCCCUUUCCCUCGUUCCUUUUCCUCGGCCCGCGCCUCCCCUCCCCACCAAUCCCGGCGAAAGAUAGUUCCUCGCGCGACGACGACGGCAAACACGGCGUGGACGGACGCAUCAUACACACGAGAAUCAUGUCGUCCGGAGCAGGCUCAAGUGGAACUGGAAGAGGUCGUGGUUCCUCAUUGGCGGACAAUAAGCCAGAAAAUAAAGAAACCAAGCCAAAUCCAAAGAUGUCGAAGGCUCUAGGAACUUCUGCUAAAAGGAUACAGAAAGAAUUGGCAGAAAUCACGUUAGAUCCACCUCCAAAUUGCAGUGCUGGGCCUAAAGGAGAUAAUUUAUACGAAUGGGUAUCUACAAUACUGGGUCCUCCAGGUUCUGUAUACGAAGGAGGUGUAUUUUUUCUCGACAUACACUUUUCUCCGGAAUAUCCCUUUAAACCUCCAAAGGUAACAUUCCGAACACGUAUUUAUCACUGCAAUAUCAACAGUCAAGGAGUGAUCUGUUUGGACAUAUUAAAAGACAAUUGGUCUCCUGCACUUACCAUUUCGAAAGUGUUACUUUCUAUAUGCUCCCUUCUCACAGACUGUAAUCCAGCUGAUCCUUUAGUGGGUAGUAUAGCAACACAAUAUUUACAAAACAGAGAAGAACACGAUCGCAUAGCACGGCUAUGGACCAAACGUUAUGCUACAUGAACAUAUUUGUAAUACAUAUGUAACUCCUAUUAGUCUCAUGCCAAGUUCUCAUCAACUGCUGUUCUCAUGAAAACGUCUCACUCCACUAACUAUUAUACAUAAUAAUCCAUGAUUAUACUGAUCGAGAAAAACUUUACGUGAAGACCUUUUGAGAUCAGCUUGACCAUGAUUGUGAUGUGCUUUGUUUCAAGGAUGUAAUGUGCCUAAGAUGAAUGGAUGUGUGUGCGAGUAUAAUGUGUUAGGGCAUGAAAUAGGAGUUUUUUCACCUAAAAAUUAUUGACAAGAUAGUAUUUAAAUGGAUUGUAUUGUACGCAAACACAAUACUAAGCCGAUAUUGCUAACAUUUGUAGGGUAGGUGAGAUAUCAUGAACAAUAUUAUUACAAAAAGAAAAAAAGGAAAAAUAAUAAAAACAACAAAUAAAUUAUAAGUCAACCUAGGUGCAUAGUUUGUAAAAUGUGAAUGUAGAAAAGUUACGAUUCUUCACGAUAUGUAUACUUACAUAUUUUUAUAUUUACUCAAUUUAUGAUAUUUUUUAAAAAUGAUCAUUUUAAUUCGAUUUUAAUCCCAUCGAAAUUGGCUAUAAACACCACGUCAUUACGUGCACCUAUUUAAAAAUUUGUACCCAGUACAUCUCCAAAGAAUAUAUAUUGGUAUAUUCGAAAAAAAAAAAACGAUUAAAUCCAAUUAUAAUAUUUGGGGCCACCUACUAAAAUCUUUGUAACUGUAAAUAAAUAUCAUUUCCUGUAUAUUCAAACUCUAGUACAUUGAAGAAACUGCAAUUUCUAUUGUCUACAUCUGUAUGUAUAAAUUGUCUUAUUAGUCCAUAAGUAUUCCGUAUUGACUCCAUGAACUUGUACUACUUUUCGUUGCUUCUUCUUUGGUAUUUGUACUUUUCUUUCUUUUUCUUUAGAAAAAUGGCUGUGCUACAAGACAAAUUGAGAUUUAAUCUUACUCUUUUUUGUAAUUUCUUGUAAUAAUAGCCAUUUCAUAUUCAACAAUGUGUUCACAGAGAAAGUAUUGAAAUUUAUGUUUUAGCUAAAGAGAUAAUCCUCUUUGGGAUUGUACUUUAAUGAACGAAUUUAUAGAUAUUUCUUUUUGAAGUAAUUUUUUUCUAUAUAUAUAUAUAUAUAUAUAAAUAUAUAUAUAAUAUUAAAAUACAUUUAUGGCAAGAGACGAAAGAUGAUUACUUUUAAUAACAAGGUGGACCGGCAGACCACUUUGUAAAUAAUUCUGAUCAAAGGAGUAAAUUUGUCGCUUGGAAAACUGGGUGGUAAUGCGUGUGACUGCAAUUUAUAUACCUUGUAAUAAACAAUCAGUAAAACUCAAUUCAAUUGAAAAGAAAAUUGUACAGUUUAAUGAUGUAAACUAAGCAUAUAAGAUUUUUCUCUUCGAUGUCAGAAUUUCUCUUGUAAAUAUCACUACUGCGUGAAAUGACUUUGCAUGACGAUGAGAUGAGAUUUUAUUUAUCUAUCUCUCUCUUUCUCUCGCUCAUUUUUUCUUACCUCCAUUAUAAAUAUAUAUAAACUAUUUCAUGCAUAAUUUUACUCAGUUACAAUGAGAAUAUUACUUGAGAAUAAUAUUAGAUAAAUCUGAUUUUUUGUAAACUGUUGAACGAGUAUACAAAUUUUGUAUGUUGCUUAAGUGUGAAAGUGGCGCGGCGCAUUGAUUCUACUUAGGAAUUGUAAAUACGUCGAUAUACAUACACACAUAUUUGUCAAACGUGCAUUUGUUGUUUAUAAGAGUAGUAGUGGAAUAUAAUCAAUCUUGCUCUUCCUUAAUUAGAGAAAGAGAGCUGCAAAAAAAAAAUUAAAUACACGAAAUUAUAAAAAACGACAACAACAAAAUUAUACGACUGUGAAAGUGCAUAAUGCAGUUUGCUAAUUAUGUUUAAUAUCCUGUUAAAUUUGAUUUAACUGAGGAUCAUGUUAAGUUUGUAUUCUUUUUGUAAAAAAUUAUCAGGGGAAAUGUUUCAUUCCAAGAAAGUAAUGAAUUCCACAUUUCAUUUUAUUUUUAUUUUCUUUUUUGUUUUGUUUUUGUAAAGAUUUAUUUAUAUUAUAAGUUCAUUGAUUAAAUUGCAUCUAGUUCAGCAAUUUUCAUCAGACAAAAAUACUAUUUUGUUUAUUUUAUAUAUAAUUUAUAUAUACGUUUCAAAGUUAGGCUGCAUUAUUCACAGAAAAUAAAACAUGCGUUAUUCGCAAAAAAAAAAAAAAAAAGAAAAACUAUUUAACUGAUGAGUGCGUUUAAAUGCUAAUUGUAAUCUCUUUUAUUUACUAAAAAGAAAUGAAAAGAGACUGCAACCUUUUAACGAUAUCAAAAUGUCAGAAGAAUACAAAGAAAUAAUAAAUCCACUAAUCCUAAUCAAUGAUGGAUGUUAGUCUGUUACCGAACGGUCUGCGUAAAUAUACAAAUUACAAUUAAAUAAAACUAAUUAUAAACUUA